CCUCGGCGCGCGCUCGAGAGGCGCGCGCGCGCGCGAACGGCGACGCGCGGGCGCGCGACGACGACGCGCGACAUCGCGGCGCGCGCGCGUGGGAGUGCGCGCGCGCGAGCCCGGCGCGCGGCGCGAGGGCGCGCAAAGCCCUCGGAGUCCGUCCGUCGAGUCGUGAACGGUCAAUCAGUCGAUCGAGGGAAAUCAGAGGAGGACCGAGACGACCGAGCGACGAAGAGAGACGAAGGAGAGAUGAAGAAAGAAAGAUUGUUAUUCGCGAGAACGUCAGAGAUGGCGUCGAAACGACCGAUGGCGAUGGCGCGAUGGCGCGACGACGAUCGUCGACGCGAAUCGCCGGCGGUUCCUCGCGGAACGGCGCGCGGAGGCGACGACGACGAUCGUCGACGCGGAAUCGACGACGAUGAAUGAGAUGUCUUGGUACAGCGACGGUGAGGCGAGAGGGCGUCGCCGUUUACGCGGUGAUCGCCGUGGGCAUGACGCGCUUACCGAUGGCGACGGCGUACUUGCCGCCGGCGACGGCGUACGGCGCGGCGACGUCGAUGGCUUUGCUCACGACGGGCUGCGCCAACACGCGCUCGGCGACCGGGGUCGCCUUUUCGACGACCGCCACGACGCGCGGAUUGGUGAUGACCUGCUCCCACAACGACUUGACGCGAGCGAAGAGCUUAUCGGAAUCGAGAGCCGCGCGCGCUUGCGCGAUGGCCAUCUUCAACGCCGUCAUCGCCUCCUCCGGGAGCUUCACCGCGCGCGUCUUCAAUUCCUCGAUCGCGUGCUCAACCUUGGACAAGUACUCCGAUCUCGCUUGUUUCAGCGCAUCUAAGUUAUCCGGAUACUGUUCCUUCGCCUUGAUCGCGUACGCGUACGCCGCGUUCGCCGUCUUCACCGGCGCCGAAUUCUUCACGCGCGUCUCGUACGCCUCGUUCAGCACCUUCACCGCCCGGUCCACGUUCGCGUCCGCCUUCAUCAGCGCCACCGGAUACGUCUCACACACCUUCUUCGCCACCGGUUGUCCGUAAUGCGCGAUCAAGCUUUCAAUCUUGGUCAACGACCCUCGCAGCGCGGUCGCGUCUCGCGCCUUUUCGUACGCCGCCGUCGCCCGCUUCGUCAACGCGUGCGUCUUCACGUACUCCAGCGACGUCUCCGUCGCGUUCACCACGAACGCCAACUGCUUCAAUUCGUUCGUCGCGGUCGUCGUUUCGCCC